AAGACAAGAGAGAGAGUUUCCUCGAGCAUUUCCAAAAGUUUCUUACCCAUCAUUAAAAAUGUUUUCAGAGUAUCCUCUUACUGCUGACAUUGGUUACAAUGAAACUAGCAGAUACGAUGUUUCACAUACAACUACUUCAAACUGUUCUGCAUUUGAUAUAGUUCAAAUGCAAGAGAGUCAAUCUGAUGAUGCUGUGAUAUUUGACCAGCAGCCAUCUGCUUCAACAAGUAUUGUACUUUCUCUUACGAAAGAAAAGGGACAUUUCCCAGUAGCUGAUACAAAAUCUACCUCUCAAGGAUAUCCUGCUGAAGAUGGAAAAUCAAUACAUAAAAGUAACUCUGAACAACUCAACAAUGAAACAGAGGUUGAUAAACAACCCUGGGAUAAAGUUUCGCUACAACAAGCAUUUUUAGAAAACCUAAGGAAAGUAGAAGAUGAUGUUUCUAUGCCAUCAUCAUUAGCUGUUGGGGAUGCUAGAAGAGCAACUCUUAAUAAAGAAGAAAAUAUGAGAGAGAGAAUUAGCAGAAAUGAGAAGGCACUUCCUGCAACAGACAGGAAGCAGAGAAGAACAUUUUUAAGAAAAGAUCCUGUUGAAAAUCAAACCAUAGCAUCAUCAGUUUUUGCUAACGAGGACCCACAAAUUACAAUAUUGCAAAACCCAUGUUCAGGAAACAUUAGUGUGGAUUCCAGGUACAUGUACAAUCUGUAUGGGCGAGUAUGUCCCACAGAUAACAAUGCUGCUGAUCCCAAAGAAACAUAUCACGCUGCCUCAAAUUUUGAAAUAAAUUCAUGUGCACAUUUACAAGACAAUUGGCAGGUUGGGCAUGCCAGGGAAAAGGAUCAAAGUAGAGCAAAUGUAAGCAGUGGAAAAGAUAUGGUCCAUUGCAAAAAUAAUUCAUGUUCAAAUGUUGAUAGUCCUGACAAUUCUCGGAUAGUGGCAGAUAAUAUAAUGAAGAUUAAGCGAAAGACUUCAAAAUCAGAAAGGCUAAAUCUUUCUCAGAAAAAUGAGAAUACAUCCUUCAAAAUGUUAUCAGAAAACAGUUGUUUGCCUCCACAGGAACCCAAGUUGGUAUUACUUAGGAAUGAAAAAUCAUACUUUACUGCACAAAAUACAAAGCAUUGCAGACAAGAUGAACAAAGAAAUUGUUUACAGAAUCACAUAUUGUCAGCCCCAGCUAUUUCUGCAAUCUCUGAUCUUGAAUACACUUCAGAAGUUUCGUCUAAGGCACAUCUUUCUUUGUAUCCUGCCUCUAAAUCUUUACAAGAAUUGAAUAUGAGUGUUGAGCCUCCAUCUCCAACUGAAGAUGAUCUUCAUGGAAUUGAAAGAUUUUCAAAAUUGGAGUUAGAUAAUUUCAUACUGGCUAAAUAUAAACCUAGAUUGCAGCAGAGAUUGGUACAAACUCAGAGACUUGCUAAUUAUGAUCCAAAAAGCUCACAAAACUAUGGGGAGAGAAGCCGAGGCAGCAAUUCCUUAGAGCCCUCUGCUAUUCACUAUUCAACUGCUUUGGCACAUAGAGCUGGUCGUUCCAUGGAUAUAGAAGUAAAAAAACAUUCAGUUAAUACUUCUUUACCACAGUGCAAUGAAGAGACAAUUGAAGAAUUGAGAGAUCAACCAGAAGAAACAGAUUUAUUUUUACAGGACAAUAAAGAUGCAAUGCAUUUUAGUUCAAGUGAUAUCAAUCCAUACAUUCAUCCAUGGCAGCAAGAUGGACUCUGCAAGAUUGGUUGGAAGCAGUAUGUUUUUGGUAGUGCAAGUGAUGUCUCUUGCAGUCAGCCUCCUCUAAGCCUGGAUAAUCAUAAGGUUAUGAGAUGCUCCAGUGUGGAUAAUGGACUGAACUCUCAAAACUCCCCUUUUCACUCUCAUCUCAGUUCUUAUGCUAAUGCAAAAGUACUAUCAAGCACUUUAAGCAGCAUUGAAGACCCCCAGGGAUGGGAUGAUGUGAGACAGGGCUUUGAAUCUACAUAUUCAAGUGACAACAGCAAGCAUUAUGUAAAUGUAUCCAGUGAGAUACUUGAAACAACCGCCAAAAACAGAAUUUCAACAUUUGAGAAUCCUUCUGAGCAACCUGGAAACACUUCCAUGCAAGUUGAUGAAAUUGUACUCCUCUACCCUUCUGAGUCAGAAACAGCCUCCAAAAAAACACAAGGCAUUACUUGUGAGCAGGGAACACAAACAAUGGCUACAGGAAGGUAUAAAAGACAGAAAAGGCACCGGAGAAGUUAUACAGAUGUUUCUGCAAGAAAACAAGAUGCAAGUAGGAGUUCAUUUCAGCGACCUUCUUCUUGGACGAGCAUGCAGAAUCUGUCCAUCCACCUAUCGCAGCUUCUUCAUAACACUUCCGAGCUGCUGGGAAACCUCUCCCAACAGAAUGUUAUAGAUAACGAGCAGAAUGCCAAAAUCAAUCAAAGAGGAAUUGCUGAAGAGAUUGUAAGGGCUGCUAUGUCAGACAGUUGUACUCAAACUACAGGAGAUGUAGGCAUUCAAGCUGAUAUUUCAGAACAUCCUCAAAGCAAAAACAAAGAAAAUCUAUUGCAGGCAAAAAUUGAAAAUGAAUUGAUGAAAGCUCAGGAAGUGAAUGUGAUUGUGAAAGUGGUAGGUUCAGAUACUGUAUGUAGGUCUCAGGAAAAGAAAGAUGUAGGUCUGACUAUUCAAGCGAGAACUCCAGAAAGCAUUGAAAUGAGAAUGCAGAGCAUGCCUGACUUCAGUGACUCUGCUGCUAAUAUUUUGGGAGAUUCCUUUAUGCAUCUGCCUUCAUUAGCCAGAGCCUCCACUCCUAUUUUAGAUUUUCAGAAACCACCAUUCAGCACACAGCAGAAUGUUGCUUUUGGCAGUCCCACAGUUUCUCCUGUUGUAUCAUCUUCACUGAGUUCAGGACAAGAUGAAUCUUCAUGCACAGUAGUUAGCAGCUCUACUUCUAGUACAUCUCAAUCUCCAGCACAUUACGUUCAGGAUAAGAGAACUGUUGAUGAAUCUGAUAUUGCAGUAGUAAGGAAGCUAUGUUAUAAAAACACUUCAUUAGUUGACAGAGCCUCUUCCCCUAUUCUAACACUUAGUGCAAAUCCAAGCAACCAGGUUACCUGUAGCAAGUCCAUUUGGUCUAUCAAGGGAUCUGUGGAACAUCCUCUUGAUGCUUCAAGUUCCCUUAGUAAUCAAAGAAAGCAAGGCUCACGUUCAUGUUCUGGCUUGGGCACCUUGGAGCCUCAUGUAGACAAUUCUUCACAAACAGAAACAGACAAUGAAUCUACCACUUCUAGAAAUAGCAAGGAAGUGAGCAAGAAAUCUGGAAGUUUCUCAGAUAAGAACACGGCUAAAGAGUUCUUAGGAAUAGGUGUUUCAAAAGAAUUGAAGGAAAAGCACAGAUUCACUGUUGACGCGCACACUACAAUUCGUGCAAAAAGACUGUAUCAUUCAAGUAGCACUUUAGAGGUUUCUGGCCAUGGGGAAUAUCUAGUUGAUGAUCUCAAAGAGCACAUUCCAAUGGAACGUUCAAUACAUUGUAUGUAUGCCACCAGAAGAGGAAGAGGCUCUUCAGGAAGAAUCAGAUAUGACAAAACCACUGGAAGUUCUGAUGCCUCUUUGAUUAAAAACCACUCUCAGACUUCUUAUGUUGAGGAAUGUAGACAUUCCCCUCCAAAUUCUGACUUGCUUUUUAAUCAAGAAAUUAGCACGGGUUGGUCAAGCAAGACAAAUGCUGAUGGAUCUCCAGGACAUCAGAUAGAAGCCUCUUCUGCACAGUUCCACCAUUCCUUUUGGAAAAAUCAAAAUAGCUGCCCUUUUCCACUUUCUAAAAUGAGUGACAUGCAUGUACCCCUUCAAGAUGAUGAUACAGCAUCGGCUUCUGCAAGUGAAUGUAAUACUGAAAUUCUACUAAACGAGAAUGACUCCUUAGUGAAUACACACAGGCCACGAAGCUAUAGUCUUCGUGACUUGCCCCUACACAAUAAAUUUAGCAACUGGUGUGGAGUGAAGGGCAGUCCUCCAUCCUCAAUAAUUAGCUUGACUGGCAGUGCUGCUGAUUUACAAAAUCAAAUGGAAAAGAAGCCAGUCAGCAAACAAGCAACUGAAACAGAAGUGAAAUCCCAGCCUUGGGAAAGUAGAACGAGAGAAAUUGAGAGACUUCGAAGAGAGCGUGCCCAGAUUAUGUCUGGCAUACAUUUGGAUAUGAAGCAGCACCCUCUUACUGUAGAGCUUACUGAAGCAAAGCUGAAUUAUGGAAUUGGGGAAACAGAUGCACUGCUGAGAAUUCUUCAGAAUGGAACAGGGGAGGAUCUGACUUCAGUUCCCAUAAAGCAGCAACUUUAUGAAAGGCACAUGAAGACAAUCGAAGCCCUGAGAAAGCAGAGGGAGGAAAGGCUGCAGAGCUUUAGGAGAACCCGCAGUCUCAGUCCACAAAAGCAUCUGAGUCUGUUGCAGAUGUUGGACACAAACCAGCGGGAUCUGGAUCUCCCCAGCAGACGCCGAGAGUACCUGCAGCAACUGAGAAGAAAUGUAGUAGAAAAUACUAGAGUCCAAGAACCACAGAGGAGGAUUGCCCAGUAUCCUUCAGAGAUUGAACUACUACUCCGAGACUAUCAGAGGGCACGAGAGGAGGCCAAGACUGAAAUUGCAAGAGCAAGGGACAAACUUCGGGAGAGAGCUGAGCAAGAAAAGAGACGUAUACGAGAGCAAAUAUUUUCUCAUCUACAGAAGGAAGAAGCAAAGCUGAAGACACUUGUAAGCACAAGCACUUUAUGUACAGAUUCCAGCCUAAGUCUUUCCUCUGGCCCAACAUCUGGUUAUAACAGCAGCAACGCUGCUACUUAUGCUGCAAGUAAACUCAGCAAACAGGAAGCACUGAUUUCUCCUGGAAGUGCAGAGCUCCCAAGAGGAGAUACAAGAGGUCGCUCAGCUGUUAGAAAUAGUCAACUUUAUGUGUUAGAGCAACUACAAAAGAAUUCAGCAUGUGAGAGCAGCAGAGAUCAGUCACCACUUCCAUCUGCUAGCAUCAGCCAUAGGUUCCAUCCUGGACUAACUCUUUCAGUCAGCUCCUCUCCUACAAAAGAAUACCAGGAUUUGUCCAAACACAUUUUGGAUAAUGCUAUCACUGAGGUUAUGGCAGCAUGUUCAAAUAACCUGAGGAACUUUUACAACUGCCAGGCAGCAGCUGGUUGGAAAUACCAGUGUACAGAAAAAGAGGUACUGGUUUAUUACAAAGUCUUCCCAUCAGCAACUAAGCAUGGGUUUUUGGGAGCUGGAGUGAUUGAAAGACCUCUUCCCAAUGUGUGGUGCAUGGUGAAAGACCCUGGCAAAAGGCAUCUAUAUGACAAAACCAUUAACACAGCUCAAGUACAUAAGAAAGUAACGAGCCAUAUUCAGCUGGUAUAUUUGGUGAGUGAUACUUCAUUGUGUUAUCUAAAGCAACCACGGGAUUUCUGCUGCAUCACGGUAGAGGCCAAAGAGGAAAACUUGUCGAUUUUAGCUAUUCAGUCUAUCUAUGAUGAGUCCAUGCCUCGUCCUUGUAAAGAAAUGGUACGAGGGGAGAUUCUACCAAGUGCUUGGCUAUUGGAACCUGAUCGAGUAAAUGGAAAAGACAUCACCAGAGUCAUUUACAUGGCACAGUUGCAGAGCCAAUCACCACAAUAGUCUAUGUAUUUUCUUGCAGCUAUUAUAAACAAAAUGCCAGAAUGUAAAGAAUGAGAUUGAAAAUAAUACAAUUCCAUUGUAAUACACUGCCAUUAUGCAAGAACUCAUUGAGAGUAUGAUGUUCAUUUCAGCCCCUAUCUCAAGCAGAAGGGGACCAGAGCCAGGUGAUGAAAGUGAGUACAGGAGAGAAAGUACUGGCACUGUUUUGAGAGACGACAAAUUAGGGGGGUCACAGAAGGUGGUUUACAAAUUAGUUAAAAUAAAAUUAGCCUUCACUCUCUGAGAUAAUACAAGAACAAGGGGGAAGUUAAUGAACCUGACAGACAACAAAUGUAAUUUUCCAUUUCACUGUUUCAUUUUUACUAUCAUAGUCCCAUCUUCCAUUCUUACAAUACAGGACUAGUAUUAUGGUGCCAGCUACAAGGAAGCAAAGAAUUGUAAAACUCCAUCCCCUGUUGCCAACUUGAGUAAGAAACAAACUAGGGAGUAUUUAAAAGAGAAGACAGGAUCCCCCUCAUUUCAAUGAACUGUGAUACAGGAGUUUGUGUUAUGCUCUUAGCAUCCAAACUAAUUCUGUUUUUUUCACCUGCAUGUUAAAAAUAAAAAGAAACUGUACUGUGUAGUAAUGUUAUACCCUGAGAGCUAAAAUUUAAUUAAGCUUAUUUUUUCCUACUUAAAGAACUUUUCAUCCCCAUUUUUCAAUUCUGUUCUAUUAUAUAAUGCUCUCCAUAUAUUUUAAAUGUAAAAUCAUUGUUUACAGUACUUUCAGUGACUAAGGGCUUUAGUUUGCCUACUUAAUUUUCUGCAGUAUAGUAUACAUUGAAUUUGCAUAGUUUGUCAGAGCAGCUUGUUCUCAUGAAUUUGAAGCUGACUUAGUCACAAACUAUAAAUCAAACCGCAAAUUACAUUUGCUCAAAUCGUACCUAAGCACUGCAAUCAACAAAGUUGACUUUCUCUCUUAUACAACACCAGUAUGAAGUAGGCAGACUUAAUUUUAACUUCAGACGUCAAUCAUACCACUAAACACUAUUACCUUUUAUUUUGUACUUUUUCCUGACUCAUCAUUAUUUGUGACACAGGGACUAUAAUGUGUUUACUGUGUACUCUUACACCAUUUAGCCAUUGGAAACCCACACUGGAAAAACUGCCUUGAUUCAAGAGCACUUACAAAAACCCUUCUAUUUUAAUUUCUGCAGGUCGAUCUUGGCGCCCCAGCUAUCCCUGCACAGCUUCUGAGCUCCAUUGUUAAGCGGCAGCCUCUGGUGAUUGCUAGGCUAGCACAUUUUUU